GGCAGCGGCGGAGGUGCGGAAGCGGCGGCAGUUUAGGAUGGCAGGGCAUGGUCCUGUGCCCUCGUCCUGUGACUGCUUCGUGGCACUGCCACCGCACACGGCGUCCCCCGCCGUCAUCUUCGGCAAGAACGCCGAUCGUCCCCGAGACGAGGUGCAGGAGAUCGUCUAUGUCCCCGCUGCCACCCACCGUCCUGGGGACAAAGUCCAGUGCACGUACCUGGAGAUCGAGCAGGCGGAGCGCACGCACGCCGUGGUGCUGAGCCGCCCCGCCUGGCUCUGGGGUGCCGAGAUGGGCGCCAACGACUGCGGCGUCUGCGUGGGCAACGAGGGCGUGUGGACCCGCGAGCCCCUGGGCGAGGCUGAGGCGCUGCUGGGCAUGGACCUGGUGAGGCUGGGUUUGGAGCGGGGCGGCUCGGCCCGGGAGGCCCUGGAGGUGAUGACGGCCCUGCUGGAGCGCUACGGCCAAGGCGGCAGCUGCAAGGAGGAGCCGGUGCCCUUCGUGUACCACAACACCUUCCUGCUGGCCGACCGCAACGAGGCCUGGGUGCUGGAGACGGCCGGGCGCUACUGGGCGGCCCAGCGGAUCCGCGAGGGCAGCCGCAACAUCUCCAACCAGCUGAGCAUCGGCAGCGAGAUCACGGCCGAGCACCCGGGGCUGCGGGAGCGGGCGCGGAGCCAGGGCUGGUGGAGCGGGGCCGGCGAGUUCAGCUUCGCCCGGGCGUUCUCCCUGGAGAAGCAGCCCCCGCGCAUGGAGGCGGCCAAGGCGCGGUUCCACGCCGGGAGGGAGCUGCUGCAGCAGCACGCAGGUCACAUCACGGUGGAGACGUUGAUGUCCAUCCUGCGGGACAAGGACAGCGGGAUCUGCGUGGACGCGGAGGGGUUCCGCACGGCCGGCAGCAUGGUGUCCGUGCUGCCCCGCGACCCCGCCCUGCCCUGCGUCCACUUCUUCACCGCCACCCCUGACCCCUCCAGGUCUGUCUUCAAGCCCUUCGUCUUCGUGGCCGGUAUCAAGCCGGCGCCGCAGGUGAGAUCCCCGACCUUCCUGCAGGAUCCCGCCAAGCAGAUCCCGAGGUUCCAGAGCUCCGUGGAUCGGCGGCACGAGCUCUACCGCCGGCAUCAGGCGGCGCUGGAGCUCAUGGAGCGGGACUGGGAGCGGGGCCAGAAGCUCCUGGAGACGCUGCAGGAGCUGGAGCAGCAGGGCCUGGAGGGGAUGCGGGAGCUGCUGCAGGGCACCGUGAGCCCCUGCCCCGAGGAGCUGGCCGACCUCUUCUUCGACUGCGUGGAGGCUGAGAUGAAGUUUUACACCUAAACCCCACACAGGAGUCUCCUUCUCCAGAGCCUCGCCUGGGGGCUGGAUGGCCCCGGGAGCUCGCAGAGGUGACAGCGGUGCCCCUGGGUUCCCCUG